UCGUUUCCGGUAAACAUGGCGGGGGAACCAGCGGUCACCGAGCUAACGCCUGCCGCGAAGUCGCCUGCCGCCUUCGCGCCGUUCGACUUCUCGCAGCCGCCGGACAUCGACGGCUUCAGCCGGCUGCCGGCCGACAGAGACGAGACCGUCAAGGAGAAGUUCCUGAGGAAGACGAAGGAGAACCCGUUCGUCCCGAUAGGUUGCUUGGGGACCGCGGGCGCUCUGGCUUUCGGUCUGCGUGCCUUCAACCAGGGGAAAACCCGGCAGUCCCAGCUGAUGAUGAGGGGCCGGAUCUUUGCUCAAGGCUUCACGGUCGUUGCCAUCAUAGCCGGCGUCUUCAUCACAGCUGUGAAAGCCAAACAAUGAAGAGGGACCGGUCCCACUGGACUGAUGACCUGUCCCGAGUUAUGUCUCCUACGUUGUUCAGGUGCCUCGGCUCGUGCCAACACUACUUAUUAUCUACGACACGUUGAUCACAUCUUUAUCUCCGGGCUCGGCCCGUGGAUCAGGAGAACCGCCAGAGCUCUACUUGUGUUGUGCAGACAGGACGGAGUAAAAUGAUGACUCAACAUUAAUGAUGUGCUUCUUGCUCUUCUGGAGGGUUGGGUUUCAAAUGUCCCCAUCCAAUGAUCGUCUGGCUGAUGAAAUAAACAUAAUCUGAAGCUGGUGUGCAGAGUGUAUUUCAGAUGAAGCUUCA